GUGGCGCUAAAAAAAACUGGCGCGUGAAAGGGGAAAGCGAGAAAAAUCAGAAGGGCAUUCUUAGAUAUUUAAAGAUGACUGAGCUUGAUAAUGCUGAAUCUCUUGAAGACAAAAUCAAUUUGCUGAAAGAGAAGCUGAUUUGUCGAGAUUCUCAGAUUGUGACUCUGCUGUCACUGCUAGGAGAGCCUCAACAUUAUAGCUACCCUUCCAUUUUUGUAUAUGGGCACACAGCCACAGGGAAAACCUAUGUGAUACAAACGUUGUUGAAGACAUUAAAGUUUCCCCAUGUAAUUGUGAACUGUGUGGAAUGCUUCUCCUCGAGAAUGCUUUUCGAACAAAUACUUAACCAGCUGCAGGGUAGUUGGCUGUCUGAGAAUGAAUGCACAUCAUAUUUGCGAUGUAAUACUCUUAAUGAAUUUGUUCUACUAUAUAAGCAAGUGGUCCGUGAACAAAAUCUGCUCAAUCAAACUGUCUACAUUGUGCUGGACAAAGCAGAGCAGCUAAGAGAAAUGGAUGCAAACCUGCUGCCAGGAUUUCUGAGAUUUCAAGAAUUAGCCGAAACCAAUGUCACUGUUCUUCUCAUCAGCGAAAUCGUCUGGGAAAAGUUUAGGCCAAAUACAGGCUGCUUUGAGCCUUUAACUUUGCAUUUUCCAGACUACAACAAAGAUGACCUCCUGAAAAUUCUUUCACAUGAUCAUCCCCUGGAAUUUUCUGCAGAAUUUUACACCUGUUACAUUAACAUACUGCUUGGAGUAUUUUAUACUGUGUGUCGGGAUUUGAAAGAGCUGCAGCAUCUAGCUGCAUUAAAUUUUCCAAGGUUCUGCGAACCUGUUAUAAAAGGAGAUGUAAAAGAAGAAGAUACUCGUCGAUUGUGGAGAAACAUUGAACCACAUCUUAAAAAGGCGAUGCAGACUGUUUAUCUUCGAGAAAUUUCAAGUUCUCAAUGGGAGAGGCUACAGCAGGAAGGUGAAGACAGUAAACAUCUGAAAGGGCUUUCUGCACAUGGUCAUGUUGAGCUUCCAUAUUACUCUAAAUUCCUAUUGAUUGCUGCCUACCUUUCCUCCUACAAUCCUGCUAGAACAGACAAAAGAUUUUUCAUGAAGCAUCAUGGGAAAAUUAAGAAAAGUUCCUUUUUGAAAAAGCAUGAGAAGACCAGCAAUCACCUCCUUGGCCCUAAACCAUUCCCACUGGAUAGAUUGUUGGCAAUUUUCUACAGCAUCGUUGAUAGCCGAGUAACUCCCAGUGCAAACAUCUUUUCUCAGAUCACAACCCUGGUGGCCCUUCAACUAUUAACCCUUGUUGGCCAUGAUGAUCAGCUGGAUGGACCAAAGUAUAAAUGCACUGCAAGUCUUGAUUUCAUCAGAGCAAUUGCCAGGACUGUAAACUUUGAUAUAGUAAGGUAUUUGUAUGAUUUCUUAUGAGACCAGAUGCACAACCAUAUGGAUAUUGUGAGCAAUGAUCAAUGCAUUUGCACCAACUCAUACUGCUUUAUCUACUUCACUGAUAAGUGGCAGAGGCAUUUUGGCUGUAUUGGAUUUGUCCAAGCAGGUGCUGGCACAGUAUGAGAUCGGAUGAAAAUAUCUUGAUUGGUCAGAAUGGAUCUUUAGAUUGAACUAUUUACCACGAACUCUUCAGUGUUUUGGAGCUAUGUGUUAAUUAUUGACAGCAGGAACUCAAUACAAUCUGUUCCAAUCUAAUAACAUCAUUUUCGCACAAAAGCUGUCAGAAAUGUAUUUACUUGCAAUUAUUUUUCUCUAUGUAGUCCUUUCCUUGGAAUGUGAUACUGUACAGAUUUAGCUGUAGCUAAUCUUUCAUGUUUUAAGCUGUCUGCUGUAAUUUAGACUGCCUCCCCUACCCCAACAGGAGAGUUUCUCAUUAUUGUUCAUGAUGAAAUCAAUUUUCUUCUAUUUUAAUUGACCAAAAUAAAUAAAUAUGGACUGCU